AUGGCUUGGAACGGCGCAUCGAUCAGACCACCUGGUGUUGGAACGGCUCCACCAGCAUCAGCAGCAGGAACUGCAACUCCUCCACCCCCAGCACCAGCGAAUGUCAUCCUUACUGGAGCGAAUUUCGAUCCAAACGACGCAAUCAGUCCCUAUUUCCUACAUCCAAGCGAGAAUCCCUCGCUGGUCUUAGUCUCGUCUGCUCUCAAUGGCCAGAAUUAUCAUCCUUGGGCCAGGGCGAUGGAGAUGUCACUACUAUCCAAGAACAAACUAGGGUUUGUCGAUGACACGAUUCCGGUACCAAAUGUAGGUGAAGUGAGGUUCAGUGAGGCAGACAUCUUUAGAAUUUCCGAUCUACACGCCGAAAUUCAUCAAACUAGGCAGGGUGAUUUGACUGUAAGUGCCUAUUUUACCAAGUUAAAGAACUUAUGGGAUGAACUUCAGGUCAUUAGGCCCUUGCCAACAUGCAAGUGUGAUAGAAUGUGUGAUUGUGAGCUGCUGGAUACUUUGCAGCAACACUUAGAAAAUGAUAAUCUCUCAGUUUUUCUAAGAGGCCUUAAUGAGACUUAUGUUUCUGUUCAAUCCCAAAUUAUGAUGACAAAACCUCUCCCAACUGUUGAUGAGGCAUUCAUGAUGGUCCAAUAG